AUGCGUAGGGUGAUACGGGCCGCGCCAGCUCUGUUGACGGAGCGGCUCGAGUACACGCAGCGUCCCCUAGUGGCCUUUGUGCCGGGCGAGCGCGCGGCGCGCGGGCUGGAGCACCCAUCUAGGCCUGAUCGUUGCCUGGGCGCACGCGCGUGGUCGUCUUUCCGCGACAGCGACCUCAUCACGCGAGAGGCCGGGUCGACAUUCGUGGAGGCGUACACGGACACGGGAUUUAUUUUGCGGUCGAGCGGGGGCUCCAAGACGGGCGGCCUGGUGGCAGGCCCCAUCUUCUGUGCACACGGACUGGCCCUUUCCCUCCUCUGCAGGGGCCUGCACGACUUCCCCGUGCAGUCCCUCGCCGUCCUGGACCUCAUCAAGCCCGUGCCUGACACGGCGGUCAUCGGAACCGGCCGUCACCUGCAGCAGGUGCCGGACCCCGUCCUCCGCGCGCUCCGCGAGCGAGGCAUCGGCGCGGAGGCCGCAGACACCGCAUCAGCGAUAGGGCUUUACAACACGCUGCUCUCGGACGGGCGCGCGGUCGCUGCCUUCCUGUUCCCGACCAGCAGCACCCAGCCGCAGUAG